UCUUAUAUCAUUAUUCCUUCUUUUAUUUUCGAGAUGAAGCAAGCACUGGUGUUUACAUUAAUCUUUUGUUUUCUCAUACAAACAAAUGGAUUGUCCAUAUUCACGGACAGCAGCGACAACAGUUCUACUCUACUGGACAUAAGUGAUACGGACUCCAAAACUGUGGACGUCUUCCGGCAAUUACUGAACCAAGAAACAAUCAUUAGAAUGUCACUAGUGAAAAACGUACACGCUUUAAUGAAGGACAUGCUCGAUCUGAAGAAAAGUAUGGAGACAUUGGAAACAUCUCAGCAGAAAACAGAUGUAGAAGUUGCCGCCUUAAAACAGGAGGUUGAUAAACUAAAAAGACAAAACCAAAGGUUUGAGCUUGAACACAGGCGCUAUGAAGAAACGUUUAGAGCUGUUACAGAAAAUUUUACGAAAAUCGACGAGCACAUUCAACAGGUUGUGGCGCAAUUGGAGGAGGAAAGAGAGAAUUUCGAGACAAACACUAGCGCAGUACUGGAGGAUCUUAAAGUAGAAGUUCGGUAUCUGUCAGUCACUCUUCUUGACUUAAAUAAACACACGUUGGAAAUUGACAAGAAAUUUCCUGAAAUGAUAGAAGAAAAAUAUGAACAGAUAUCAUUACGAUUGAACACAUCUGUGGAGAGCCUGAAUAGUGAUAUAAUGACAACAAAUAAAACAAUGUUAAAAUCAAUGUCUGACCUCGAACACUCGCAAAUUAUUAUACAGAAUUCUAUAUCUGUCGACAUCAAUAAAACAUUAGACGAGCUGAUGGCGGAAGUGAAGCAAUCUAAGUAUGACCAACUGCAGCUGUCUUCCACAGUGUCGUCUCUCGAGGUGUUCCGAAUGAAUUUGACGAACAACAUAUUUGGAAAGAAGGUAGUUUUUUCUGCCACAAUGACGUCUUCUGAUACUUCUUGGAGCGGUGGAACGCUUGUUUUUCCUUCUGUUAUCACUAAUGAAGAAAAUGGAUACAACCCGAGUAACGGAAUAUUUACUGCUCCUAUUGGCGGAACGUACGUCUUCUUUGUGAAUGUUCAAAGUUAUAGUUCACAAACAAUGUAUGUAGACAUUGUAUUGAAUGGAUCAACAAAAGUUAGAACUAUGGCCUACAGUGAUAAUUAUGAGGCGGGUCCCAAUAUGGUGGUGCUUACAAUUCAGAAAGGAGACGCAGUGUGGGUCAGACAUUACUCUGGUACAGGUUAUUAUACUGAUGGUCCUAUUACCACUUUCUCCGGUUUUCUCUUAUCAUCAUAUAUAUAAUAAAUCCAUUACUUAUAGUGUUCACCGAACCCUUAAUAUGUAUUC